AUGAGUACGACGAGCCCUUACAUCGUCGAGCCCAUUGGGCCUCACACCCACAGUCUAAUUCUUCUUCACGGCCUUGGCUCAAACGGUAAGAAGUUUGGCCGCGAGCUUAUUGAAACAGGCAUCUCCUCUGAUGGCAAAUCAUUGCCCGACCUUCUACCUGGUGCAAGAUUCAUCUUUCCGACUUCAAAGAAAAGUCGCUCAAUCGCCUUCCGCCGGGCGAGAUUGACCCAGUGGUUCAACAUUGCUUCACUGGACGACCCUUCUUAUCGCAACCAAUCGCAACUCCAAGGCAUGGAAGAGUCAUCACGCGAAAUCUUUCGUCUCAUCAACCAAGAACGCGAGAGAGUACCAGACAAAAACAUCAUUUUGGGCGGGAUCAGCCAAGGAGGCGCUAUGGGCUUUAUGUGCCUGCUAGCAAUGGAAUUUUCUCUCGGAGGAUACAUCGGAAUUAGCAGCUGGCUUCCCUUUGCUGCCGAAAUCGAAAGCUUGGAUAACGACUCUGACGACACGUCCUUUUCUGACGAGGAUGAUAACCCAUUUGCUGUUUCUGACAACGGAGACGGCUCAGGCAACAAAAGUGCCCAAGUCCAUGACUACGCCAGAGAUCUCUUAUAUAUGGAAACGGGGGACUCAUCGAAUGUGGGGUCACUAUCAACACCUGUAUUUCUCGGCCACGGAGAAGCAGACGAGAAGAUCAAGCCUGAACUUGGCGAGGGGGCGUGCCGCAUCCUGCGCUCAGUUGGAUAUGAUGUACGUUGGAAAGGCUAUGCUGGACUGGGUCACUGGUACAAGGUUCCGGAUGAGAUCGACGAUAUCUUGGAUUUCAUUAGAGAAAAGGUUGGAUGGUCAUUGUAG